GUUGUUUCUUCGCCCGCGGCUUCUUUUCCAAGUUCGAAAGAGCACGGUUCACAAAAAGCGCACAGCCUCGAGCACCUGAUGGGCGACGAUCGUUCGGCGGUGUCGACGGGCGUCGGGGAGGAAUGUCUUCCGCUCAAGACGCUCGAAGAACUCCUCAACUUCGACGCGAAGAAACUCGCUCCGAGUUCCGCGAUCGAGCCUCUCAGAGACCGAGUUCGAACUCCGGACGGGCCACGGACGCUUUUGUGCCACGACAUGAUGGGAGGCUACCUCGAAGACAGGUUUCUCCAAGGGUCGAGCAAGAGCGACAGCUACAGGUUCCACCACUGGCACCUCAUUGACACCUUCGUGUACUUUUCCCACUACCUUGUAACCAUUCCUCCGGUGGCGUGGAUCAACGCUGCGCACAAGCACGGGGUCAAAGUCCUCGGGACAUUCAUCACCGAAUGGGAGUCCGGAACUAAGAUUCUCGAGGAGGUCAGAAACUCCCAGGCUACACAGAAAGUGGCCACUCAGCUGGCGAGCGUGGCAGCGGCUCACGGCUUCGACGGCUGGCUCAUCAACAUCGAGAGUGCUCUGGGAGAAGAUUGCGGCCCGUUUCUGGAAGUCCUGCUGUCGGCCAUUACGGCCGAGACUCACCGAGCGGUUCCCGCUUCCGAGGUCCUCUGGUACGACAGCAUUCUGGCCAGUGGGAAACUGGACUGGCAGAACGAGCUGAACGAGCUUAACGGCCGCUUCUUCGACCGCUGCGACGGCAUCUUCCUCAACUACGGCUGGACGGAGGAGCACCUUGAGAGGUCGGCGCGGUUUGCCGGCGACCGUCGGUGGGACGUCUACGUCGGCGUGGACGUCUGGGCCAGGAAGACCAAGUACGCGGGAGGCUACGACACUUACAAGGCAGUUGCGGCUGCGAGGAAGCAAGGCCUGUCGGCGGCCAUCUUUGCGCCGGGGUGGGUGUUCGAGAUGGAGGACAGGGCGCUCUUCACGGAGAACCAGUACAGGUUGUGGAACUUUCCGAGUGACUGCGGCAGGAGGUGCAAGUUCAUCACGCUUCCCAUUUCGACCACCUUCUGCCAGGGCUUUGGAAAAAAGGCGUUUCAGGAUGGCAAGGUGGUGAAGAACGAGGGCUGGUUCAACCUGAGCCGACAGGAACUCCAACCGCUAGACCAGGGUGAAGGUCUCUGCGACGGCCACGGAUCAGCUAUGAUAUGUGUAGAGGACGGCUUCUCCGGUGGAGGUUGCCUCCGGCUGGAGUUCAAACCCCCGGAUGAUACUCCGCAGAAGGAACCAUACUUCAGGCUGUUUGAAUGCGAGCUGCCUCUAGACGCCCUGCGUGUGAGCUACACGUUCAAGCCCGCAGCGGUUGCGGAAGACGAGGCAGACGACGAGGCAGACUUGGCCCUGGUGCUUAAACUUCGAGAAGAGAAUGGCCGAUGCGACUUGAUACUUGGCUCGAGCUCCAUAGACGGCACGGAUCGGAUUUCCGUCCGUCGGAUCGGCGAGAACACUCGGGAGAACUCUAGUGACGGACCUCGCAACGGCUGGUGUACAAGGACGUACCUGGUUCAGCACACGGGUUGUGUUCAGCCGUCCUCAUCGGUGGAGGAAAUUGGUGUGCAGUUCUCGAACAAGCGACGUCAUCAGUGCUGUCUUCUCGGUCGUCUUGUCGUAGAACGACCGAAGUCUGCGAGGCGCGAGCCAGAAGAUCUUACGAUGGCAGCCAAGCGCCGCCGUUUGGAAGAACCACAGGCAUCGUAACCGCAGCGACGUAAUUCACAUCACAAUUUAUUUUGCGGCGAUGAGCCCAGAAACUGCUCUUGUAGCUUCUGCUAUGCUCGCCUUUAAAGUCAAGUGAGGUAUAGUGCUUUUCUAGUCCUUGUGAGUGUCAUGGUCCUAUCUAUGCAGUGCCAAAAUAUGUUGUAGAAAUUUUCUACUCCAGUCGGUGGUCAUCUUGACAAGAUUCUCGACUAAAAACGUGACAAGAGCCAUUAUUUUUGUUUAAAUUGAGGCUUAGCUGGUUUAGAAACAUUUGACGAUUAAUGAAGGUCAUAGGACGAACGUUUGUGAGUGUGAGUGCCUCUUAAGUAUGGAAUAUUUCUGAGCACCAUGCUGAAAGUGUUUGUUUAAGCUGUAAAGUUUGCAAUAAAACCACAAUUCUUUAUGUAUAUAAA